UCAAAACAGACAGACAGCUUUUAACAAAGAAAGGGAAAAACCACCUCUCCUUCUCUCUCUCUCCUUUUCCUCACUUUCUCCCUCUACACUUCUUCGUUCCCAAUUUCUUAACCUGUCGAAGAAGAACAGACAAACCCAACAACAAUGGACGCCGACGAGAGAUUGACGGCCUUGAAGAAGGCAUAUGCUGAUAUAAUCCUGAAUACAGCUAAAGAGGCUGCUGCUAGGAUAUUGGUUUCGGAACGAAAAGCUUUUAGGUAUCAGCAUGAACUUAAUGCUACUAAAGUUCAGGGGCUUCAGAUGCUUCUUCGGUUAAAGCAACUGUCGGAUUCUAAGGCUAGUGAAGCUGAGUUGAUGUCUUUGAAUCAGCAGAAGAAGAUAGAACUACUCGAGUCACAACUCCAGGAAGCUGAGGACAGAAUAAAGAAAUCAGAGAUAAGAUCGUUGAAUCAACAGAAAGAAGUGGAAGAGCUUGAAGCACAACUUCAUGAAGCUGAGGAUAUUGUAAAAGAUCUACGGGAUGAACUCAAAGAAUUAGAGGCUGAGCUGGAACGAGGAAAGAACCGAAAGAUACAGCAACUAAAUGAGCCUGACAAUUAUGUUCUAGACACUUCAAAAGUAAAUGGGAUAAGUGAUGAUCCUCAAUCAGCUAUAAUCUCUUCAUUGGAAUCAGCCGAACAAUUAAUCCAGUAUUUUCCAAAUGAAACUGCUGUUAAACCGAACCUUCAGCCCAAAUUGUGUACCUCCGAUAUACUCCCUCCUCCAGCAGAGCCACCACUAGAGGCAUCUUUUGCUGCUGCUGCUGACAUGAAUCCAUCUUCCAUUGUGAGAAAUGAAGGUGUUAUGAAUUCUUGUGCCGAUAAAUCUAGUCUUCCUAAUAUAAUACUGAAAUGCAAGGAUCCUGACGCAUUUAGAUACCGACGCACUCAGCGCAUCCGUGCAUUUGAGGAGAAGCUGAUGUCUGGACAGUUAGGCUAUAAUGAUCCAGUGAAUAGCAUAAAUGAAGAGCUAAUAAGCCUAAAGAAGGACAAGGAAGGUGAAGGGGUCCGUAAAACAGCUAUUCGCAAGACCAGUAACAAUGGAACUACACAGAAGAAAGGAGUAUCUUCUGUUAAGUCUACCCGUAGGAAAAGGAGAAGAGCUAAGUAUAGAAAAACUAAGACUUCCUUGUCAAUAGCUGGGAAUAAUCCCGACACUGAAGCAGAUUGCAUUGAUAAUAAUGACCUUCAGUUUGGAGAAGCUCCUAUGAAUGUGGCGGUUGCCUUAGUUUCACCUAACACUACAGAAACUGGAAAUGAUAUGGAAGUUGUCAAAGCUAUUAAUUCUGAGAAAAUAUCAAAUAGUGGUGAGGUGGCUAUUCAAGAAUUGAUUCAGCUGAAAGAAGUAAAGGGGUUAACUGACAACAGUCCACAGGUCUUGCCUUGUGACAUUGAUACAAAGGAAACCGACAUGCCAUUGAAAAAACCAUUAGAAACUUUCGGCGUUGACCAAACCUUGGCUAACAGGAUUAUUAAAUAUACAUUCCAAAGAAAGAGGAAAAAAGAUUCUAUGAGCAGCAGCUCUGAUGGGACUGCUUCUCUUGAAAUUUGCAGCAUGAAGAAAAGAGAAGUUGAGAAGCAAAACGAUCCUGUGGAGAUGCAGAUGUCUAGCAAGACAACCGAAUCCUCUGGCGACAGUAGGCUCAUAGAUCAGGUUCCUUGUCAGCAGCUUAUAACUCUUUCGGUGGCAGUAAGUUAAAUUUGGUUCAAAUCCGUCACCCUUAUGUAUAUAGUGAGGAUGUUUGUAGAACUUGAAGGAUGAGCAACACAAACACCAUUAUGACGUUUCUCUCCAUGAACUUGACCUUUGUCCACUACUAUUAUACUUUGGGUAGUAAAUUUGUAUGCAUUAAGAUAUCCUAAUUUGUGCAACUUUUUAUUACUGUGAUUUUUCGAAAUUAACUUAGUAGUAAGUAGUAUUUUUCA